GCCCAUGGUUUCAGAUCUUGAAUUAUAGAGGAAGUAAGAAUCAAAAUGACUAGUUAACAGAACUUAAAGACAUACAGAUAUAUGCUCUGUGAAGGCAGCCACUGUUAAGGUUCUGCAAGUGAGUGAUCAAGAUGAAGAUGUUGUUGGUCGCUCUCCUCCUUGUAUCUACAACACAAACGCAUGCAGAAGAUUCUGCAUUGCAAGCUGUUCUCUCACAGAAGGGACUGCAAAAAGUAACUCACUGGUUGACUGACUGGCUGCAGAGUGAACUUGAUAACAUCACGCUCCCAGAAGUCAAAGGGAGUGUACAUAUCAUAUUUGGUUCCGUGGACUACGUCCUCUAUAACAUGUCCAUUCAGCGCUGUGAUUUGCCAGAACCAUCAAUCGCCUUUUCAGAGGGAACCGGAAUAUCUCUGCAAGUUAGUGGACUCUCCAUUGCCAUCACCGGUCUAUGGAAGACACACUAUGGCCUCAUUAAAGACGGCGGUUGGUUCGAACUGGUUAUGUUUACUGUCAGUCUCAACACGGUGUUGCAGUUGGGCAGAGAGGACAAGCGCCUCUCCAUUUCCACCGCUGUAUGUUCUGCUGAUGUGGAAAGUGCGCAAGUGAAUUUCCAUGGAGGUGGAAGUUUUAUUUUCCAGCCAUUUGUAAAAAUGUUUAACAAGCGCAUCAGAAACAAGAUCCGUGCAAAGAUUUGCCAAACAUUUGAAAAAGAAAUUGAAGCUCUAGAGAGUCAUCUAGCUGCAGUGUCUGUUGCCAUGAAGGUGGAUCCGUAUGUAUACCUGAAUAUUUCUUUGACAGACUCGCCUCUUGUUAACGACAGUGGACUUGGAUUGAACGUAAAAGGUGAGUUUUACAGCAAUAAUUUUCCCUCGGAACCACCAUUUUCCCCCAAACAUUUUGAGGUGCCAUGGCGAGAGGAUUACAUGGUGUCACUGGGUGCCUCUGAGUUUUUCGUAAACUCAGCAGCGUAUGCCUAUCAGAGUGCUGGAGCAUUGCAAAUACGCAUCACAGACGAUAUGAUCCCCAAGGCCUCUCCCUUCCACCUGAACACAAGCCAGUUUGGACAACUGAUUCCUCAGCUCCCUAAGAAAUAUCCAGACCUACCAAUGCAGCUGCUGCUGUAUGCCAGUGAGGCUCCGCUGUUUUCCUUUAAUAAAACAGUGAUAAAUGUCAAUGUGUCAGCUUCAGCCAAAGCCUAUGCCAUGAAAGCAGAUUCUGUUGCAAUACCUCUCUUCAGACUGGAUGUGGAAAGCUCAUUCAGUGGCAAAGCCUACAUUGACAAAUACCUGCUGAAGGGAGUUUUGGAAAUGAAAAAUUUGACCGUGACACUUGGAGCAACUGAGAUUGGUUGUUUCCCAGUUGGCCCCAUUAAGCAAGCAUUGAAGUUAACAAUGAGCAGCUUUGUACUUCCAAAGUUGAAUGCCCAACUAAAAGAUGGCCUUCCGUUGCCACGUGUGAAGGGUUUUGGCCUCAGAAAUUCGGUGAUGACCAUUGAAAAUGGUUUUUUGGCACUUGCAACAGACAUUAGUGCCCCCUAUGACAGCUGGCAGUGAGGGGCAUGUUCUGGCCUGAAAAUUUGGGUUAUGCUUCACAAACACAUACUAACAAGUGUUUUGUCAAGAUGAAAGUUUUCCUCUUAGGUUUUGACAUUUUAAUUUUCAACAUCAGGAUGUACUAUUAACCAAAACACGCAUGUUUACUGUUGCACUGAUCAAUGACAGUAGAGAAGCUCAGAAGCUCUUGUGAUCUUUAAUUGCAUGUCAUUGUAAAAAAAGAAUUCAGCUUGAUUUAUAAAUCAUUUGUUUUUGAUUUGGUCAGAAUUUAUUUGUUUAGUAACUUUUUUAAGAUUCAUGUUUUUUUUAUGUAACAAAAACUGACACAUGGCUGCUUACUGAUGCUGACAAUCAUGUUGUUUAUUUGUAAUUACAAAAACAACAUAUUAUAGGAACCUAACUCUUGCAUGCAUUCUGAAUGUCAUAAAAGACCUGUUUUAAAGAUGUCUGAAUCACACCAUCAAUUAUAAAAAAUAAAACUA